CAAACUUCACCCUCCGUUUAUGAAGCGGCAAUGUCUCACGUACGCCGCAUCCAUCUGCAUUUCUCACAGCAUUGUUUAGGGAUGGCCGUUCUUGGGUAGGAAAGUGGAGUAGGUGAACGUCUUUUUACUCCAUUCAUUCAUGUGGUGGGAACUGUGUACCUGCACUUAAUUUAUGACCUGGUGCAGGGCGUGUGAUAAAUCUGUCGCUGAUCACAUUACAUCAGUUCUCCACUUUGGUGUUUUUUCGUGACUUUUUUGGCGACAAUUAUGCGACUUACUGUCCACAGUUAGUUGUAAGUGCUCUUUUAUUUGGUGGGGGUUAGCGCCCAUUUUGUUGGGUUGUGUAUGUGACUUUAUAAAAAGUAUCAUUUUCAAAAAUCCAUGACCACUACAAAAAAAAUCUACCAAAAACCCGUCUACCACAGCAACAAACAAAAACACAGGAACAUCAAAGUACGUAAAAUUGUUGAGACAAAUUUAUCCAAGAAAAGCAGAGAAAAAUGCUUCAUAAAUAACACAAUGGGGGAGAUUUAUCAACACGUGCAGAGGAAGAGUUGCCCAUAGCAACCAAUCAGAUCGCUGCUUUCAUUUUGCAGAGGCCUUGGUAACAAUGAAAGAAGCGAUCUGAUUGGUUGCUAUGGGCAACUGGGCAACUCAUCCUCUGCACAUGUUUUGAUAAAUCUCCCCCAUAUGUUUGAUAAUAAUAUCAGAUGCUGAGAAAGCGGAUUCUAUAGUAGAUCUACACCUUCCAUAUCAUGUUGGGGAUGAAUAUCAUGGAGAAAUAAAUACGUUUUAUUAUAGUACGGUACAUGAUUCUGUCCUAUAACCUUAUAACAUCAAGUAACAUCACACUACAUCAUUCUAUAAAAAUAUAAUAAUAAUUGAUAUAUAACAAAUUUACUAUAUUUUAUUUAUUAUGUCUAAUAAUUUAUUCUAAAAAAAAAGGUUUCUGAUAAACAAGAAUUGCAAAGAGAAGAAUUCUACCAUGUCAGCGAUUCUUCAGAUGAGGUUUCUCCAAUCCAGGAUCCUCUGCUGAUAUCUUCUAUAUAAGAGAAUUCUCCUGGAUGACCCAUCAACCAUGGAGAGAGACAGGAACAAGAUGGCCGACAGGAUCAUAAACCUCACCCUACAGAUACUCUUCCGGCUUACUGGAGAGGAUUACACAGUAGUGAAGAAGUCCUCUAGUGGGCGCUGUCGGGCCCCUGUGUGUGAAGGAUGGGGAAGAACCCUAAGCCCAAUCCCGGGGCCCCCACCUCACUCCCUGAUACAUGAGGAAAUGGAUGAACAGAAGAUCCUAGAACUCAUCAACAAGAUGAUGGAGCUGCUGACUGGAGAGGUUCCUAUAAGGUGUCAGGACGUGGCGGUCUAUUUCUCCAUGGAGGAGUGGGAGUAUGUAGAAGGACACAAGGAUCAGUACAAGGAUCAGGUCAUGAUGGAGGAUCAGCAGCCCCUCACAUCACCAGUCAGAUCCAGUAAGAGAACAGCACCAGAGAGGUGUCCCCGUCCUCUUCUUCCACAGGAUGAUCAGGGUGAAGAUCCGAACAAUAUUAAUGCUCCAGAGACAGAUGUGAGCGGUGAUGAGCAGUAUAAGGAGGACAUUCCAACAGGAAAAGAUCUGAACAAUAUUAAUGCUACAGAUAUGAAGGAAGAAGAAGAGACAGAUGUGAGCGGUGAUGAGCAGUAUAAGGAGGACAUUCCAACAGGAAAAGAUCUGAACAAUAUUAAUACUACAGAUAUGAAGGAAGAAGAGACAGAUGUGAGCGGUGAUGAGCAGUAUAAGGAGGACAUUCCUACAGGGAAAGAUCUGAACAAUAUUAAUGCUACAAACAUAAAGAAAGAAGAAGAGACAGAUGUGAGUGGUGAUGAGCAGUAUAAGGAGGACGUUCCUACAGGUAACCGCCCAGAUUCUUGUACCAGGAGAUCAGAGGAGAAUCUUAUAUCUUCAGAUUAUAAAGCAGAUGAUGAUAUCACACAAGAUACAUAUGAAGAACAUUCCAUUAUCCCAGAUACACCCUCAGCCCUUCACAGCCAAGAUCUGUCAUCUCAUCCUUAUAUACAGGUCCUGUCUUCUCACUCAUCACAGGAUGUUCAGCAAAAUAAAAGCCACAGAAGGGGUGUUGGACAUCAAAGAGAUUGUGCAGGGGAGAAGCAAUAUUCAUGUUCAGAAUGUGGGAAAUGUUUUAAUAGCAAAUCACAACUUAUUCAACAUAACAGAACUCACACAGGAGAGAAGCCAUAUUCAUGUUCAGAAUGUGGGAAAUGUUAUACUCAUCAGCCAAGUCUUAUUAGACAUCAAAGAACUCACACAGGGGAAAAGCCAUUUUCAUGUUCAGAAUGUGGGAAAUGUUUUACUUUUAAAUCAGGUCUUAUUGUACAUCAACAAACUCACACAGGAGAGAAGCCAUAUUCAUGUUCAGAAUGUGGGAAAUGCUAUACUCAUCAGCCAAGUCUUAUUAGACAUCAAAGAACUCACACAGAGGAGAAGCCUUUUUCAUGCUCAGAAUGUGGGAAAUGUUUUACUCAGAAAUUAGACCUUGUUGUACAUCAAAGAAGUCACACAGGGAAGAAGCCAUUUUCAUGUUCAGAAUGUGGGAAAUGUUUUGCUCAGAAAUCAUAUCUUGUUGUACAUCAAAGAACUCACACAGGGGAAAUGCCAUUUUCAUGUUCAAAAUGUGGGAAAUGUUUUACAUUUAAAUCAGGUCUUGUUGUACAUCAACGAACUCACAUGCGAGAGAACCAAUUUUCAUGCUCAGAAUGUGGGAAAUGUUUUGCUCAGAAAUCAGAUCUUGUUAAACAUCAAAGAACUCACACAGGAGAGAAGCCAUUUCCAUGUUCAGAAUGUUGGAAAUGUUUUACUCAGAAAUCAGACCUUGUUGUACAUCAAAGAACUCACACAGGAGAGAAACCAUUUUCAUGUUCAGAAUGUAGAAAAUGCUUUACUCAGCAAUCACAUCUUGUUCAACAUCAAAGAACUCACACAGGAGAGAAGCCAAUUCAGAGCAGAAAGAAGCCAUAUUCAUGCUCAGAUUGUGGGAAAUGUUUUACUAAGAAAUCACAACUUGUUCAACAUCUAAGAACUCACACAGGAGAGAAGCCGUUUUCAUGUUCAGAAUGUGGGAAAUGUUUUAAUCAGAAAUCAAGUCUUUUUAGACAUCAAAAAAGAACUCACACAGGGGAGAAGCCAUAUUCAUGCUCAGAAUGUGGGAAAUGUUUUCCGGAGAAAUCACAUCUUGUUCAACAUCAAAGAACUCACACAGGGGAGAAGCCAUUUUCAUGUUCAGAAUGUGGGAAAUGUUUUAAUCAGAAAUCAAGUCUUUUUAGACAUCAAAGAACUCACACAGGGGAGAAGCCAUUUUCAUGUGCAGAAUGUGAAAAAUGUUAUACUGCAAAAUCAAAGCUUGUUCAACAUCAAAGAACUCACACAGGGGAGAAGCCAUUUUCAUGUUCAGAAUGUGGAAAAUGUUUUAUUGUGAAAUCAAAUCUUGUUAAACAUAAAAGAACUCACUCAGGAGAGAAACCCUGCGUGUGUAACGAAUGUGGGAAAUGUUUUACUAAGAAAUCAGUUCUUGUUGUACAUCAAAGAACUCACACAGGGGAGAAGCUGUUUUCAUGUUCACAAUGUGGAAAAUGUUUUACUAAGAAAUCAAGCUUUGUUGAUCAUCAAAAAACUCACACAGGAGAGAAGCCGUUUUCAUGUUCACAAUGUGGGAAAUGUUUUAUUAAGAAAUCACAUCUUGUUACACAUCAAAGAACUCACACAGGGGAAAAGCCAUUUUCAUGCUCAGAAUGUAGAAAAUGUUUUACUCAGCAAUCACAUCUUGUUAUACAUCAAAGAACUCACACAGGGGAGAAGCCAUUUACGUGUGCAGAGUGUGGAAAAAGUUUUGCUGACAAAUCAAAUCUUGUUUAUCAUCAAAAAACUCACACAGGAGAGAAGCCAAUGUCCUGUUCAGAAUGUGGAAAAUGUUGUACUAAGAAAUCAGAUCUUGUUAAACAUGAAAGAAUUCACACAGGGGAGAAACCAUUUUCAUGUUCAGAAUGUGAAAAAUGUUUUACUAAGAAAGCAACACUUAAAAGACAUAUAAGAACUCACAGGAGAGAAGCCAAUUCAGAGCAAUAUUAACCAUGUACAUAGGAUAUCUGACAUUUAUACAUAUAUCAUAUACUGCAGGGGUCUCAAACUGGCGGCCCUCUAGAUGUUGCAAAACUUCAAUUCCCAGCAUGCCUGUGAGGGAAGUCAGCUUGUUAUAAGUUUUUAUAUAACCUUUUAUAAUAAUCCUUUAUAUGAUUAUACGCCAUUUUGGAUAUCAUCAGCCAUGCUGUCUAUAGUCCACCAUCUUGUCUAUGUUCCUUCAUUAUGAACUGAGUGUGAACUUUACCAGAAUUAUAACCAGGAAACUUGUAAACAAGAACCACAACUGCUGAGCGUACAGAAAACUCCAAGGCUACUGAGUCUGAAGACGUUCACACUUCCCGUCCUUCCUACUUAGAGAUAAGACGCCUGUUUGUAACCAGGUAUCAUUGAGCAGUUUGCCGUCCUUUCAUCUUUGCCUAUAAGAAUUCUGCUGUAUGUAGUAAACGUCAGAAGACGCUGUAUACAGAUCCGAGUCUGUGUCAUUUCUUCCAAUCUAUCAGGCCUGAUUGAUAAAACAUUUCCAAUUUGGCCUCGAACAGCAAAUGUACCUGAAGGAAUUGGUUAAAUUCCUUAACAUGGCCGACAACGGUUAUCUGCAGCCAACGGCUGUCCGGGCAUGUCCUGGCAUGCUGGGAGUUAAAGUUAUACAACAUCUGGAGGGCCACCAGUUUGAGACCCCUGAUAUACUGCAUCUCCAAACUUGUUACCAAUUGUUAAUAAAGGUUUUCUU